GUGUUGCCUAGGGUGGCAGAUUGUCUUGAGCAGCCUCUGGGAGAGAAGUGCUGAUUUCAACAUGCUCUGAUAAAAGUCAAUGGGAGUUGAGCAAUCCCAGAGCCUGGAAGUCUAAGGAUCAGAAACUGCAACCACAGUGAUUCUGCACUGACCUGGAGAGAAAAUGGUUGGGCCAUAGUCCCUCACCAGGCAACUGUGAGAAUGGGAAGUGUGACCACAGGCGUCUGUUCCCCCGGAAAGGCAUGAUGAUGGCUCCUAUCAAUAUAAAGUGCACCGACGGCAGGGAGCCGAACAGAGACAUCCGCAGUCAUGCACCCGGACAGCUCCUAUCACAAAUGGGACAACGCAGAACAGGUGGAACUGACAGUGCAGGGAGCGAGCAGCUCACCUGGGAGAGGCGGCAAAGCUCUUUGCCUCUCCAACUCCGCCCAAGGGAAGGCCAUUGCGAUCCUGUGUGUCCUGCUGGCAAUUUGCAUUACAGUGGCUACAGCUCUCAUUUUGGUGAAGCUUGGGAAAUUGUUCCAGGGUUUUGCCGAAGCCCAGCUGGAUCGAGAUACAAUCAGAAGAGAUGCCAAGAGAAAUCUGUCACAUCACCAGGACUAUCUAGAGUUGAAGAUGUCCAAAGAAUUCAGCGUGUUUAAUAGUCGACUUCUUAAUGUGUCCAAGGAGCUGGCUGGGGUCAGGCUGGCAAUCGAGGACGUCCAAGCUGAUUAUGUGAAAGACCCAUUACAUCUCCAGGACGCCAUAGAGAUAAGAAACCUAACGCAUAGUAUGUCGAAUGAGCUGGCUGAAGCAAGAAGGGACCAUGACAGACUCCAGGAAGUCUUGAGCAGGGUGCAGGAGGAGUUACAGAAAAUCACGGAAUUCAUCUGCACAAAAUGUCCACCUGGCUGGCAGCAUUUUGAGAAAAAUUGCUACUUCUUUUCAACAUUGGCUAAAUCCUGGUUGGAUGCUAAGCAGUUCUGUACCAAUGAAGGGUCUCACCUGGUUAUUGUUAACACCAAACAGGAACAGAUGUUUUUGUCAAACCACAUCACUGAGCCUGAAGUGUACUGGCUGGGCCUCAGCGACUCAGCGAAGGAAGGGGAGUGGCGCUGGCUGGAUGGCAGCCCCUUGUCUGUCAGGUUCUGGGGGGCCGGGGAACCCAACAAUUCUGGGCAGCAUGGGGAGGACUGUGGCACCUUGCGCAUUGACGGGAGGUGGAAUGAUGCCAUCUGCUCCUUGAGUCAUUACUGGAUCUGCGAACGGCAGUGCUAGCUGAGUCCCUGAAUUCACAGCAGGGAGGGGAGGUGUCACACAGCCUGCCCCACAUGGGACUGCUCAGGAGCUAUCAUCUCUCUAAAUCAAUGAUUCUCAGACUGCUGCUCUCGAGCUGCAAGAAGCUCUUCAAUGUGUCUCCUGUGGCUCAUUGCAGCACAUGCGAUCAAAACACUGUGAUUUAAUGAUUAACCGAUCUAA